AUGGAUCGGCGCAAGGGCAGCGGCAGCCGCGACGCCAACGGCGGCGGCCUCGCGGAGGCGACGGCGUCCAGGCUCAGGUUCGAGGACGCCGACGAGGUGGCGAUGGAGGUCGAGGUCGAGGACUGCCCCGCCGCCGCCGCGGAGGAGGAGGUCAUCGGCAACGACAAGACCAGCGCCGACUACUACUUCGACUCCUACUCCCACUUCGGUAUUCAUGAAGAAAUGCUGAAAGACGUUGUUCGGACAAGAUCAUACCAAAAUGUUAUCACCCAGAAUAACUUCCUUUUUAAGGACAAAAUUGUCCUUGAUGUUGGCGCCGGGACCGGUAUACUUUCGCUUUUCUGCGCGAAAGCAGGAGCCAAGCAUGUCUAUGCGAUUGAAUGUUCCCAGAUGGCCGACAUGGCAAAGGAAAUUGUGAAAACAAAUGGGUUUUCUGAAGUCAUAACUGUAAUUAAAGGGAAAGUUGAAGAAAUUGAACUUCCCGUCCCAAAAGUAGAUGUCAUUAUCUCUGAAUGGAUGGGUUAUUUCCUCCUGUUUGAGAAUAUGUUGGACACGGUUCUUUUUGCACGAGAUAAAUGGCUGGCUGAUGAUGGAGUAGUCCUUCCAGACAAAGCCUCUUUACAUCUUACUGCAAUAGAAGAUGCAGAAUAUAAGGAAGACAAAAUUGAAUUUUGGAAUAAUGUAUAUGGCUUUGAUAUGAGCUGUAUUAAGAAACAGGCAAUGAUGGAGCCACUUGUAGAUACUGUAGAUGCAAAUCAGAUCGUCACUAACUGUCAGUUACUUAAGACGAUGGAUAUUUCUAAGAUGUCAUCCGGGGAUGCAUCCUUUACUGUACCAUUUAAGUUGGUGGCAGAGCGUAAUGACUUUAUCCAUGCCCUUGUUGCCUACUUCAACGUGUCAUUCACCAAAUGCCAUAAGCUGAUGGGUUUCUCAACAGGGCCCAGAUCAAAAUCUACUCACUGGAAGCAAACUGUUCUGUAUCUUGAGGAUGUAGUAACUAUCUGCGAGGGGGAGACUCUGUCCGGCACUAUGACAGUUGCAAAUAACAAAAAGAACCCUCGGGACAUUGACAUUACACUUAAAUACUCCAUCAAUGGGCAGAGAAGCAAGGUGUCUAGAACACAGCACUACAAGAUGCGGUGACCAAUGAAAAAUUCAGCUGCCCAGCCGUCCACUCAAUUUUCGCCGACCAAGUAUCUUGUAUUUCACAAUUGAUGAUUGUUCGUCGAUCUUGUAACGUGUGUUUGCGAGGAACCUAAGCCGAAAAUAGAAAGUAGUUUUGGCUGGCAUGUUAAUGUAGGUUGCGAUAUUGCAAAUCUGUAUUGAGUUGCUUGCUGGUAGCUUCGCAGUGAUUUUGUGGAAAUUGUUGUAUUCGUUGCAAAAUGGAUCCAUAAUAGAUCACCACCAUCGCAAUUUAUUGGUGAGAUAUUCUGCCAUUUUCGUCUUA